GCUGCUGGCGAGGAAGAGGAAGAGGAGGAGGGUCGGAAGCAGCACCUUGCUCUCUGUGUUUCUGUGUGUGUGUGUGUGUGUGUGCAUGUGUGCAUCUAGUCCGAUCUGCAGAUAUCAACGUGUGAGGAGGAUGAACGAGGCUGCAGCUCAGUGAGGAAGAGGAUUGGAGAGGAGAGGAUGCUGCUGGAGAAGGAGUGAAAAGUCCAAGACGUGGAGCUGCUUGUGCAAACACACCCCCCACAUCUCUGCUGCCUCUGCAAAGUGCUGUUUCACCCUUGUUCCGUCGUUUUUUCAUCCGUCUCUGCACCCUGUGGUGGCUCUUUAGAGAGGGAUCACCUGCCUGCACAGUGAGGCGCAAUAAAGCUGCACAUUCCUGAGGAUUUUUUUUUGCGCCACUGAGACGCGUCUCGUUUUGUGACAGAAAAAAGGUCCAGGAUGGCGCUCAGUCUGUGUGCAGCUGGGCGGCAGAUCCUCUUUGCUCUGAUGCUGCUGCUCUAUUUAGGCUCGGGUGCAGCCUCCUCCAUAGUGAACAUGCGUAGGAUCACACAUCCCGCAGUACAACAAACGCUGGCAGGCAAAGCCGUCCUCCCGUGUGUCUUCACCCUCCAGAACAGCUCCUCCAGCCAGCCUCCCCACCUCCUGUGGACUCGCAUCAGGGUACCAGCAGAAGGAGAGGGCGCUCCUCUGGAGCAGAUUGUGCUUUCUGCUAAAGGUGACGUAAUCAAGGUGAAUAAGGCUUUCAGUGGCCGCAUCAUGCUGCCAGGAUACACUGCCAAUCCUCUGAAUGCUACCAUGGAGAUCUCCAGUCUCCGUACCAACGACUCAGGCACUUACCACUGUCAGGUUGUCAUGGGUAACGACUAUGAGAGAGACACUGUGCCCCUGGUGGUCUCCGGUGUGGUGUUUCAUUACCAGGCUCCCAGCACCCGAUACGCCCUCUCAUUUACCGACGCCCAGCGAGCCUGCCAGGAAAACUCGGCUCAGAUGGCCACGCCGGCCCAGCUGUGGGCAGCGUACUAUGACGGCUUCGCCGGCUGUGCAGCCGGCUGGUUGGAUGAUCAGACUGUCCGUUAUUCUGUCCAGUUGCCAGAGCUUGGUUGCUAUGGACACAAGGAGUACUCAGCUGGAGUAAGGAAUUAUGGGAAGAGGGACCCGAAAGAGCUGUUUGAUGUGUACUGUUUUGCAAAAGAACUGGAUGGGGAAGUGUUUCACUCCUCGGUCCCAGGCAGGCUGUCUCUGUCGUCAGCCUCAGACCGCUGUGUGUCUCUCGGCGGGCAGCUGGCCACAGUGGGGCAGCUUUAUCUGGCCUGGAAGGCCGGCCUGGACAGCUGCGCGCCGGGCUGGAUGUCUGAUGGCAGCGUCCGCUACCCGGUGACCUGGCCUCGCCCGGACUGUGGAGGGAGCCAGCCAGGAAUCCGCACCGUCGCACCCAACAGCACUACUGACAACACCACGGCGCUGUAUGAUGCGUACUGCUACAGAGGUAAAGUGAAGGAUUCAGGGUCCAUGUCUCAGAUCUACACCUCCCUGUGGAAGCCCUGGAGCUACCUCACAGGCUCAAGUGAUGCUGACUCCGCAGGGACAGGAAGUCCCGACAUGACUACACAGCAAACCGCCACUACCAGAGGGUCCUCAGAUGGCAGUGAUGUUUCACCUUCAAACUGGACAGGAUUGGUUGACCUAGAAGAGGAGGCCUCCCUUCACCGCAUUGAUGCUUCCUCAGACCCCUGGUCCGAGUCUUCUGGGUCUUUUGUGACCCUCCAGCUAAUCCCAGGACAGAGCCUCUUAGACUGGGGAGAGCCACUGGAGCCUGGCCCCGACUCAGAGGAGUUUCUCCGACCGCCGGUCCACCCCACUCCCGCUGACAAGAAGGUGAUCUCAAAGAUCGUCAAGUCCAUCUGGAAACCUUGGAACUACCUGGCGGGGACUGGAGAUGAGGAAGGGACCCAAGCACCAAGUGGACAGGCAGGGGAAGAGGAGAUGGCCACGAAAAAGACAGAUGAGAGGUCAAAUCCAUCCAGUGCAGCAUCACCACGUUUGUUCUCUUGGGGAAGUUCAUGGUUCACCGGUCCCACGAGGGAAAACUCUACACCAGCCAGUGAAGUAUCUCCCACUCGUCUGGCAUCUACUGUGGCCGCCUCCAGUUCCUCUAUGACUACAGAGAGCACUAAGACUUCAGAGACGCACACAUCCGCCGCCUCCAGCGCUUCACCUGGAAUCACCGCAUCCAGCGUAGAAACCUGGGUCCGUGUUGAAUCGGAGACCACAACCCAGCCGGGUGACAAGAGGGAGGAGACGGUGACCUCCAGAGGCAGCGGUAGAGGCAGAGGAAGGGGGAAGAAGAACAGAGGGGAGGACAGGAGCAGAGGAGAGGAUAAGGGGAGAGGAGAGGAUAAGGCUAAAGGAGAAGACGAGGGGAGUGGUGAAAUCACUGGCGCAGAAGCAAAAGGGGAGAUACAAGUUUCACGUCGACCAGUUGGAACAAGCAAACCAAGAGAAAGAUCCAGAGAAAGAUCUAGAGAGAGGGGUCACAGGAAGGGACAGUCCACCACUACCACGACUACCACUACCACUUCUAGUCCUCUGGAGCUCACAGCGAUGAACACAACUGGGUCAGAGAGCGUUGAUUUAUCUACAUCUGAAUCCAAGUCCACCUCACCAGCGGAAACCCCAUCGCCAUCGCCAUCAAGCUCACCAGAUCCAUACAAAUCCCUCUCCUUAUCUCCAUCACUAUCGCCAACUGCGUCCCCAUCUCCAUCCUUUUCUCAACCAUCCCCAUCUCAAUCCCUGUUUGAAUCCCAAUCUCCCUCCCCAUCCCCGUCUCUUCCAUCUUCACCCUCCUCGUCUCCAUCCACUUCCUCACCUCCAUCCAGUUCCCAAACCCCAUCCGUCUCACCCUCACCAUCAUCACCCCGUUCCUAUUCCCCAUUUCAAACUGCUGGAUCAGGAGACCCAGCUCCAUUUACUAACUUGGACAACCAUGACAGCUCCACUAACCCCCUAACUUCGCCCGAUUGGGUCCCAGUGGAGAAAGCAGUUCUGAACAGAUCUCUGGAUUAUCCUUCAUUACUGUCGGCACCCCCAGAUGUGGAGGAGCCCACUUGGUCUCACGCUGUGGGGUCAGGGGCCCUGUUACCUGGCAACAUGGAGGAGGAGAGCAACAGAGGGGGAGUCAACAUCAGCACCAUAACUCUCAGCCCAACAGACGAGGUGGAGCCCUGCGUGACAAACCCAUGUCUGCACGGAGGAAAGUGCCUUCCGCAGGGAACGGGCUACAGCUGCUACUGCCCACAAGGAUACACUGGGGAGAACUGUGAGAUCGAUGUUGAUGACUGCCAGUCCGAGCCAUGUGAAAAUGGAGGCACUUGCAUCGACAAGAUUGAUUCAUUCCUCUGCCUUUGUCUGCCCAGCUAUGGAGGAGACACGUGUGAGAAAGACGUAGAAGGUUGCGAGCACGGUUGGAGGAAGUUCCACGGCCACUGCUACAGGUACUUCACCCACAGACACACCUGGGAGGAUGCAGAGAAAGACUGCAGAGAGCACAGUGCCCACCUCAGUAGUGUCAUCUCGGCUACUGAGCAGGAGUUCAUUAAUGGUCUGGGUCAUGACAACGCCUGGAUCGGUCUGAAUGACCGCACAGUGGAGGAAGACUUUCAGUGGACUGAUAGCAACGAUCUGGUAUAUGAGAACUGGAGGGAGAGCCAGCCGGAUAACUUCUUCGCGGGCGGGGAGGACUGUGUGGUGACCAUUGCCCAUGAGGACGGCAAGUGGAACGACGUGCCCUGCAACUACAACCUGCCCUACAUCUGCAAGAAAGGCACAGUGUUGUGUGGGACCCCGCCCGCAGUGGAAAACGCCCAUUUAAUAGGUCGGCGGAGGUCACACUAUGACAUCCAUGCAGUGGUACGCUACCAGUGCUCUGAGGGCUUCUUCCAGCGUCACAUCCCCACUGCUCGCUGCCGGGCCGACGGCAGCUGGGAGAGACCCAGGAUCAUCUGCACAAAGUCCCGGCGGUCACACCGGUACCGACGCCACCACCACAAUCAGCACAACGAACGCCGCGGCCACAGGAGACACGGAGGAGAGGGACACAAGGCCAGAGAGGACGCACACAGCUACUACUGAACCAAAUAAUACAACGUCUGCAAUGCCUAGGUGCUAACCAUGGCCCAUAAAGAAAGACAGUAGAUCGCCGCCAUUUCCUUUCCUGCUUCUAACCACGCUCCGUUUGGCUUUAUUCCUCCCGAUGAAUAAGGUUUUCUUACUCUAACAUACAGUUUAUCUCCAUAACCCCUUUCCCUGGGUGUUUUGAUGCUUCUUUUUGUUUUUACCCUGCUUCCUUUAACCGAGGUCCAUGCGAACACUAACUAUAACACUAACUCUUAUUAACUCCCUCCCUAACAUCUCAGUACAGUAAAUCCUCCUCCUGUCUAUGAACUAAAAACCCCUCUCUCAGUCUGUCAGGCUGACAGCCGUGUGUGAGCGUGUGUGAGCGUAUGCACGUAAGAGAGAAACUUAGAAAAGUGCGGAGUCACUUUUUUUGCAAAGGUUUGCUUGUUCUACAUGAAAAAUGACUCUCAUCCUAGUAUUCUGUUUACAAAGCACAGAUGUUAUUGAUGCAAGAUAGCAUUCAGUCCCCGGUGACCCUGAGCUUUUUGUAUGUGUACCGUAGCUGUUACUUUUUUCCAUAGAGCACCUGAAUAGCUGGUCUGUUUUAUUCUACUGACAUGCUUUUUCUAAUAUUUGCUAUGUUUUUGUGUUAUGUUACUAUUUAUUAUGAAUUGUUUGCUAGUGAAUAUGCUUUCUUUUUUUACUUAUACUUCAGAGAGCCAAUGUAACAUCAUUUUUCUAUACCAGUAUAUAAAUCCAACAAUCAACAAUAAAUUAAAUUAAUCAUUAGCGUCUAAUCUCUGUAUUGUAAAUAUUGUGGUGUUUGUUUUUGGCUGAUUCCUGAUCAAUAGCUGGACCAUAUCUAAUCAAUUAGCCCCCCCUUCUCCAUCCAUAAGCACUCUCAGCUAAUGGAUAUGUCCUUGACCUAGUGUGGAUGGGAUACACAAUACUUUCUUGAGAUAACCACUUGAUUGUAUCUGAAUUGCUAAAUACUUUUGAUCUUUGCACGGCUAUAUUUACAUGAUGGGUAGAAUGUCACUUUUUUUUUGUCUUUGGUCCCUUUGAUAUUUGAUCGGUCAUCCACUUUUUUGGUGUUCUUAUGACUUUUUGUCCUGCUGUUGUGUUCCAUUCUUAAUAAAGUGAAAAAAUGAACAACA